AUGCUGAACGUCGAAGGCUGUCCCGUCGCACCCCUCCACGUCGACAGCGACUGCAGGAGUAAGCUCCGGACGGGCCUCGUGCUCGGCAGCACGAACGUGGCGGCGACGCGCUGCGACUACAAGAUCGUGCCGUACGACGGCGCGCACCUCUCGCGUGGCUUUCAACUCUGCCUUCUGCCCGGCACCUACUCGGAGAAGUCGUGGCACGUCAUUGUGCUCGUCGAAUCCGUCAUGACCGUCGUCUUUGGCUGCGUUCUGCUCUUUGCUCGCUGCUACCCGCGGUGUGCGCCGAAGCGUCCACCCUCCGCGCUGCCCCCGCUCGUGCUUGACGAGCCGAUGGACGACGACGCCCGCCUCGUGCCGCUGCGUCCAUACCGCGUCGACGCUGCACACCUGCGCAUCGACGAACUGCGCCCGCUAGGGCGUGGUGCCCACGGCCUCGUCGUCUACGGCCAGUACAAGCGCCGACACAUCGCUGUCAAGCGUGUGCGCGCCGAUAUCGCAUCACCCGAGAGCCUCGACGCCUUUGCGCAGGAAGUUGCGCUCAACGCCAUCUUGCACAGCCCGUACAUCGUCGACUUUGUCGGCGUCUACUGGUCGCCCAAGGUCGGGCUCGCGUCGCUCGCGUGCCUCGUCGAGUACAUGGCGCGCGGUGACUUGCGCGCGUGCUUGAGGGCACCACAGACGCCGACGUGGAAGCUCGGUGUUGCGCACGACCUUGCCCACGCGCUGCAUUAUUUGCACAAGACUGGUGUCGUACACCGGGAUUUGAAGUCGAGAAAUGUGCUCCUCGGCGACAACGGCUGCGCCAAGGUCGGUGACAUGGGCGUCGCCCGCUGGACGGCGCCCGAGGUGCUCCGGGGCACGAGCUACGACACAAAGGCCGAUAUCUACUCGUUUGGCAUGAUUCUCACCGAGCUCGACUCGUAUGCGCUGCCGUACGAGCAUGCCCGCAACGAGCGCGGCCAGCCAUUGGGCAACAUCUCGCUGCUCUUCAAGGUCAUGGAAGGGACGAUUGCACCGACGUUCACACCCGCGUGCCCCCCGUGGUUGCGUGAGCUGGCGACUGCAUGCAGCGCACACGACCCGACCGCUCGACCAACGGCUGCCGACAUUCUCUUGGUGCUGGCGCGCCUCGCCCCGAUCAAGGUCCCGUCCGAGCACCUCCACGGGGUACAUCGCCGGUAG